UUUGAUUGGAAGAAUGCUCCUCGCCUCGACUUUCUCUCUCUAACACGAAACCCUAAAAAAUUCAGAGGUGAAUUAAAACCCGCUCAUAUCUCACAACACGAAAUCUGACAGCAACCCUUAUUGGAUUCUCCUUCCACGUUCUCUUUCGUCCAUUUCAUAUGGAGAUAUGCAGCUGAAUUUCCUUAUAGCUCCAUUUGAAAAAGGCAGAAAAAGGGAAAAAAACAAGGGAAUCAGCGACAAGCAUAUCUCCAGUUGGUGGGGAAAGUGAAGAAAGAAAACCGUAGAAAAGAAUGGGCUCUAUGGAAUGGGAAAGCAACCAUUGGAUCUGGGAUGGUGUUUGUUAUCCCCAUUUAUUUGGCGGUUUAAUGCUUACAGUUGCCAUUUUUGGGCUAUCUACUGGUUAUUUUGGAUCCAUUGGGGUUCCAGGGUUCCCGUAUUCGUUGCCGGAUUUCGGAAUUUUUCAGAAGAAGAAAUGUAUGAAAAAAAAAGUUAGGGUUUAUAUGGAUGGUUGUUUUGAUCUCAUGCAUUAUGGCCAUGCAAAUGCACUAAGGCAGGCUAGGGCUUUGGGUGAUGAACUGGUGGUGGGAAUGGUGAGCGAUGAAGAAAUUAUCAAGAAUAAGGGGCCUCCAGUUUUAUCCAUGGAGGAGAGGAUGGUGAUGGUAAGUGGGUUGAAAUGGGUGGAUGAGGUCAUAGCCAAUGCUCCUUAUGCCAUCACCGAGAAUUUUAUGAACAGUCUAUUUGAUGAAUAUAAAAUUGACUACAUUAUACAUGGAGAUGAUCCUUGCUUGCUUCCGGAUGGAACUGAUGCUUAUGCUCUGGCAAAGAAGGCUGGGCGGUACAAGCAAAUCAAGCGCACAGAGGGUGUCUCUAGCACAGAUAUUGUCGGUAGGAUACUUUCACAUGUCAAGCCUUCAGAAAAUGGCAACAACAAUGAACAUGCUUCUUCCCAAGAACAAAUUCCUCAUGGGCAGACUGAGGAUGUUGCUGCUGUUUCAUCUCAAAUAUCCCAGUUCUUGCCUACUUCUCGACGAAUUGUGCAGUUUUCAAAUGGGAAGGGACCAGGGCCUGAUGCUCGGGUGGUGUACAUUGAUGGUGCCUUUGAUCUCUUCCAUGCUGGUCAUGUGGAGAUUCUGAAGUGUGCAAGGCAACUUGGAGAUUUUCUGCUUGUAGGCAUUCACACUGACCAAACUGUUUGGUGAGGUCUCAAUCUUUGUGCUCAAAUGUUGUUUUUAUUUUCUAAACCGACAUUCAUAAUGAUUUAAGUGCUAUUCUGUUUUUUCCUCCUUGAGUGACCUUUAAAUCCUUUUCUUGAAUAGAUAUAAGUAUAAAUAAAUACAUCAAUAU